CCGAGGAGGAAGAAUACGGGGAAGAUCAUGAUCUUGUGAGAAGAAGAUCCACGAUGAAAAUGAAAUCAUCUGCGACACAAAAAAAUGUGUUUCCUAAUGCAGAUCCACGAGCGUGUACAGUCAAUGAACGAGAUCCUCUGCGUGUUUCCAUCAAUCUGCCUCAGCGAAUAGUUCGUGGAAGUUCGCAGUUCAUCGAGCAAUCUGGAUGUAAGCCAUUAACGCAAGUCCUCCACUUUCUAGUAGCCCAUCCCACCACAACUGAAGCAAUUUCACGCAUUGAUUACUUGUCUUGGUAUAUCAGAAGCUGCUCAUUGUAGUACACAUGCCCGACGGGAUCGUAACGUUCUACAAACUAAUAAAUUUAUGUUUGCGUUAGUUUUUACCUCUGUCACGUAGAUGCAUCCCUUAUAUGAUUAAUAAGACUACUCACUUUACUUCCGGUUCCAGUCACGCGCUAUUUUAUUUUUGGGAUUUUUGAAGCUUUUGAACCGCUACAUAUUUCCCGAUUUCAUCUUUUAACGUUUUUUUAGCUGAUUUACACUUACUUCGAGAAAUAGAGGUAAUAGUAGUCUAAUGAAGAUCUCGUACUUAUAAAUUUGUUAUAGUUGAUAAAUAUAAUUUCCAACCAUCGGGCUGUGCUGCAUGUGGUUUCUGGGUCGAGUGGCAUUAGAUCAUUUGUUGUAUCAAUCUCCAGCCUAUUGUUGAAUCAAAAUCUGUAUUAAUGUUUGUGGUAAGUCUUUGUUUGCAGUAGGCUUCUAUUUCAAGCUCUUUAUUUCAAGUAACCACAAGGAGUUCUUCUUGACUAUUUACUUGGGUUGGCUAUUCAGACCUUCUUUUCUGUUUUUCUUGUAGGUACUUCUGUAUUUCUUAGUUAAGUUGUGUAAGGAAGAUCAAACUCAAAGACAAAAAUGGUGGCUGAAACAACAACUUCUUCUACGCAGCUUCCUGCGCCGCUUCUCAGUGGGCGGUAUGUGUUGGGCGGGUCCGGAUCAGAUCUGUUUUCUGAGCCAAGAUGUUGUGCAGAGGUGAUACGCAUGAUUCCUCCGAAGGAGAAAGGGCAGAAAAUCCAGAUUCUCUACUUGGGAACAGCUGCUUAUGACGCACCCCAGAGUAUGAUCCGUCAGACCGAGUAUUUCCGAGACGCGGGCGCCGUGGUUUCGGAGAUUCGCUGUUCAGUCGGUGCAGAUCUGGACUCCAUUCGGUGGAUUACUCCUGCUGAAACAGAGGGCGAGCAACCGACUGUAGUCGGAGCAGAUGGAGAAGGAGGUACUCCUGAGUGGUUAUUGAAAAUACGUCCUAUUCAGCAUUGGGCACGUUCGCGAUGUUGAUGGCCCUCUUCAAUGCUCGUCCUGCUCUACUUCAAAGUUUUCAUUUCCUUGCAGAUUUUUUAAAACUGAGAGAUCACAAACGUGUAUCAGAAUGCUAGUUUCUACUUGAUAUUCAAAAAAUUCCUGUAACAAACACUGAAUUUUUUCAUUUUAGGAGCGAGCAGCUCUUCCGUGGAUCGCAUAAAGCGUUUCGUGGAGGAGGAGGCAGACGCGGUGUUGAUCUCUGGUGGCAAUACCCUGUACGCGGUGGAUCGGCUUAGCGGCUUAGGGAUUCACCGAUGGAUCCAACGCGCCGGUGAACGUGGUGCAGUGCUGUGUGGUGGAUCCGCUGGUGCCGUAUGCUGGUUCGAGAACGGGCAUUCAGAUAGCGCAGACCCCGACAGCUUUUACGCCAAAUUCGCCGAAAUCGAGGCAAUGAAACUAGAGGUGCUUGAGAAGACGGGUGAAGCUUGUGACGAGUCCACCGUGAGACAGCGGUAUCAGGCGCUGCGAGAACGCGAGCAGCUCGAUAACAUGACACUCAUCGAGGGUGGACAGAAGGAACUAGCAAGCCAAAAGCCGGGUUUGUCCACUCUUUUCGAAGACGCGGCGGCCAAGCCACAAGGUAACUCUCAGCUUUGUGGUUCCGAUUAUUAUCGGUAUACUAGGACUUAAAAAAUGAAGCACUAGAACAAGUAUGUAAAAAAAUGAAAAUGAGCGAAAGAGGACUUUACAGCACAUACAGUCUACAGAAACGAAUAUUUUUAGUAUUGAUCCUGUCCCUGUGCGUCAGCAUCACGCGAUCUUUAAGAACGAUCUUCUCCAUAAAUUUUCAACGUGUAGUCAAUAUCAUUAUAGGGGCUAGAGCAUUUCGUAAGAUGGAUUGCCUGGAUUGCAAUACAUUGCAUGGAUUGCCUGGCCAGGAGGAACGAGGACGCGACUCCUUGAAGAGGGAGGCGCGCACUUCUCCGGCUGAUUGCAGCGCCCCCAAGCGCUGACAUCCAUUGUCGCUGAAUUUGUAGGGGUGAGCCCGCCUCUGGACCCUCUUCGGGUUCGAGCUGGCGGCCUUGAGGACCCUCUUGUCCAUUCCCCCACCUGGGAUGCUCUCUCCCAGCCUGCAGCCAGUGUAAACAGCGGUGUUGGGGUGGUGUUCUGUUCUCGCUUUUGUUUGCUGCUGCCGCCCGGUCGCGGGUUUUUCGUGAUUGCUUCGGCGCAAGCUGUUGACAGGUGAAGCAGGACGACAGUCCGUGCUGCCGAUGGAGCCCGAAGGGCGCCUCGAAAAAAAUUUCUGUUUUCAUCAGUGCAAUCCAUAGCAAUGCAUGCAAUCCAUACGACCAUGCAUGUCAGAAAUCAGAAAAAUACGCAACUCUCUAUUAUACCAUAUCAUUAUACCAUGCUACAUCAUUCCAUCUACCUAGGGCCGUCAUGGGACUACAUCCGCAUUCCCGGUCUGGGUUUUCUUCCGGGCCUCUGUGUUCCGCAUCACGAUAAGGUUCAAAGCAACGGAAGCCUGCGUGCCGACCAUGUAAACGGCAUGCUGACCUUGCUCGCGGAGUAUGGAUCUACGCAGCGCGCGAUCUGCAUCGACCAUUGGGCAGUGCUCGUGAUCGAGAAUGGACAGUAUCGUGUCCUCAGUUUCGAAGAUAAGCCUGGCAGCGUGAUCAUAACGUCCAAGACGCGCGAGUUCAAGCCUUUGAAGAUGGACCCUUGUAAAGUGGAAGUUCUUGACAAAGAAACCGGGGAAAUGCGUGUUACUGGACUCCUUAAUUUCGACUCGAGCUGCGAAGACAGCGCGAGAAAGCUCUCCGCUGCCCUCGAAAAUCUGCGUUUGUCGGACGACCAGGGGCCCGACCGCGAGACGGCUCUAGGACAGCAAGAGGAGAUCGCGUAUGUAAAGGAUCGGAGUGGCCGUCCGGGUGUCUGGAUCAAGGAGGCGGUCCCAGCAAGUGCAGACCAUUCAAACGGUGUUGAAAAUAGAAACACUUCAACCACGACAACUACUAUCGAGAUGCGACUAGCACCAUGGGUGGGCGCGGUGGAGGAGCUGUUUGUCCUGGGUAGAUCCACCGGUGAUUCACCAGCUGCGGCCGCUGCCCUGCAGCGGGUCCGGGACCAGAACCCCGCGUUCGGACAAGAGUGUAUUCUGGAACAAGCUAGAGCGAGCUUGCGUUCGUCACAGCAGACUCAAGAUGCAACGCUUACGAGUGCAUAGCUUCUUCAGAUAAUGGCCGUGCUGAGGAGAUUGUUAGAAGUGAAAGAAAUUUUUUCGCUGCAUGUAAUGCAAUGGUUGCUUCUGGUACGCACCUCUAUAUAAUCCAGAUGGACAACAUGUAGUUCUUGACAUGGAUUAACGAAGAGUUCUUCAAGCAGACGUGAUUUACUAGGUGGAAAAAACCAAGUUUUCAUUUCAGGUUUUAUUCUGAAAUGGAAUUCAGUAGGCAAGAACAUGUUAGCUUUCUUUUACAUUACGCGCGCAAAAUACUUACACAAAUAUCAUUCUGUUGGCAGUUUCGUUAUUUUUCCUAAUGGUGCUAAGUAAAGCUAAUUAUAAUUAUAUAUAUGUUCAUGUUCUUCUAGGUCCAUUCUGUGGUGUUCAAGGAGGACUAAGAGGCCGUUCACGAAGAUCACACAUAACUUUUGUUUUCGCCAGAGACAGUAGGAGUCUGGUAUUUGCGCGGGGUAACGACAGAACUCGUAUUCGACCAUAAGCGUCUGAGCUGUCGCGGAAUUAGUCAUCGAGUUGGGAAUCAUUAUAUAAGAUCGCUCUUGAUGAAGAUUUAGCAAAAGCGAAAACAGAAAUAUACAAUAGAAAGAUUUAGAUUUCUUAAAAGGUUUUUUCAACUUUCGUCUUAGAGGACACGUUGUAAUAUCCCGUCCCCGCCCUCCUCCGCGUGGUUGUGGUACCCAAAUGCAAGCACCAGAACUAGUACUCUAAUAUCCAGAUUCGAAGAGGUGGUUUGAGUAGCCUGACAAGAGUCUUGAUGUCGCAUGGAUGCUACGUCAUCAACAGAAUCAAGAGGUCAACUAUGUACAGAUGCGGGGACGCCGCACAAUCAUAACCUGUGUUUUUUUCCACCGAUCUGAGUUGAAAUGUCGACACAGAUGAGAAC